AUGAGCGCUUGGAAGGACGAUCCUAACGGUUCACAAAUCGGACAGAGUGCCCCAGUUUCCGAAGUUCCGUCCGAGGCAACCCAAAAGGACGCGAGUGAACUCUCGGCCACCGAAGCCCUUUCGAGGUCGGACGCUAGAAUGGUGGCAGCGAACGAGCCGAGUUCGCAGCCUAAAAGCAGUACGACAAACCCUAUUCCGUCUUCUUUUAAACACUACGACGGGAGUUAAGAUUUUUCGUGCUGGUUUCGCCGCCUUAAGUUCCACCUAGACGAUGUUCCACAAAACGAACGCAGCCAUACGGUACUUCAGUAUCUAGCAGACGACCAGAGGACAAGGCACUCGAUGCCGGACUCACCCGCCACACCCCUUUCCAGGUGCUGUGCGACCAAUUGCAGAGACUAUUCCAACUCCCAUUGACCAUAGAGGAAGCGAUGACACCCCUCGGCAGUUCACCGACGCCUUACUCCGGCUCGCACGCGACGCCUACCCCUCACUGUCUGCGGCCGAUAGAGACCAAGUGGUCCUUUACCACUUCAAACGCAGUCUCGGGUCCCAAAAUUUGACGUAUUCCCUGAGGAUUCAGCCACCGGGUGACCUCAACGAAGCCAUCUAGCGGGCAGCCCGCAUGCUAACAACCGACGCCCAAACAGGCGAUAAUCACUCCCGGGCUGAACCGUGGAAAUCCACGCCAGACCGCAGGCAACAGAACAACACCUGGACAAGACCGCUCUACCAGCCUUCACAACGAUUCAACCGCGGCAGCCGACCCUCCACGUUCCGCACGCCCUAUCGGCCCCCACCGCUCAACACUGGGCCAAUACAUUUCCGGGGAGAUAGAGACAUUACUGCGGCGGCGAUUACCAAGGAAGGUAACCACAUCAUUCCCGUCUACUUUGAUUACACGUCACAUAGUUUACCGUUUUAAACGACGAUUUACCUAGACAACAAACAUAUCAAGGCUCUCGUCGACACAGGUGCCACCACGUCGUUAAUUCGGGCAGAUGUUUUAGACUCUAAGUGGCUAAACCUCGCCAGACAAAGCGGUCGCUCACCACACCUCAAAACCGCAGACGGGUAACCCAUGACCACGUUAGGGAUGGUUCGACUGCCCAUCUCCUUUCCAUCCAGCGUUAAGGAACAAGCUUUUGUCGUCACUCACAAGAUGUCGUGGGACAUGAUACUCGGCCUAGAUUUUCUUUCUGCACAUAACUGUUGUAUUAUGGUCAAAGAUCGCAUACUAUCCUAAGGGCAUAAGUCACUGCCUGACCACCCAACAGCCGCCGAGUUUGACGAAGAAGCCCUAACCGACAAGGAAGAAUUAAAGUCACUCCUGACUGCGUUUAGCAAUGUUUUCGCAUGGGAUGAUACCUCCUUAGGUCGCACCGCUGCCAUCCGUCACAGCAUUGACACAGGAACGUCGAAACCUCUGUGGCAACCACCACGCCGUAUUCCACCACACUUUCAGAAGGAGGUGAGCGACCUAAUUCAAACGAUGCUGAACACAGGGAUAAUCCGCCCCUCCAAGUCGCCGUGGGCAUCACCAGUCACAUUAGUGCCCAAAAAAGACGGCAAACUCCGAUUUUGUAUCGACUAUCGACGACUUAAUGCGGUCACCACCCGCGAUUCUUUCCCACUGUCAAGAAUUGAUGUCACACUCGAAGCGCUUGCCGGAGCCCAACGGUUCUCAAAGUUGGAACUGAAGUCCUGUUAUUGGCAGAUUGAAAUGGAACCCAAAGACCGCCCAAAAACAGCGUUUAUACUACCACAAGGGCUGUUCGAAUUCGAAACAAUGCCGUCUGGGCUCUGCAACGCAGCCAAACACUUCCAACGACUGAUGCACUCCGUCCUGGCCCACUUAUACCCUCACAGCUGUUUGAUAUACCUCGACGACGUGAUUGUGUUUGGACGCACGACCCGGCAACACAACGCUAACCUCGCCGCAGUGCUCUCUGCUCUCCGCGACGCUGGCUUGCGUUUAAAUCCACAAAACUGCAAGUUUCUGUGCCGGAAAGUCACAUUUCUUGGUCACGAAGUCAGCCCGCAAGGCAUACAGGUGUCGCAGGAAAAAGUAGAGGCAGUCAGAUCACGGCCUACGCCGAAGACUCCAACAGAAGUCAGAGGCUUCCUCGGCCAGGCCUCCUACUAUCGCCGCUUCAUCCUCCACUUUGCCGAGCUCGCACGCCCCCUCCAUCGGUUGACCGAAAAGGGUCCCUCAUUCACAUGGUCCGACGAUUGUCAACAGGCCUUCGAUGAGUUAAAAGCAAAACUCACUUCGGCACCGAUAUUAAUGCUACCUGACACGAGUCCUGAGGCCCCCCCUUCAUACUCGAUAGCGACGCCAGCGGGUUCGCGAUCGGGGGCGUACUCUCACAAGCCGACGAGACAGGGGCCGAGCGACCGAUUUGCUUUGCGAGCAAAACCCUAUCGAAGCCCGAGCGAAACUACUGCACCUACCUACGGGAAUUGUUAGCGCUGAUCACAUUUAUCAAACAAUUCAAGCCAUUCCUAGUGGGAAAGCAUUUCAUUGUCCGCACCGACCACAAGGCCUUACAGUGGUUACAAAACAUGAAAGAAGCCGAAGGCCAGCUUGCGAGAUGGCAGGAAUUACUGCAGGAAUUCGAUUUCACUUGUCAAUAUCGACCAGGCCACCAACACGCCAAUGCGGACGCCCUUUCUCGCCGCCCAGGUGACGCCGGCACAGCAGACCCAGAAGUAACGGACGAACACAUAGCGGCGGUUACAAUCAGCGAAUCCACUCGUUAUCAUUGGGCAUUUGCACAAAGUACCGAUCCGGACACCGCAAUAAUUUACGACCACCAGUUGCAUGGUCGACACAGACCAACAGAGGUCGAACUUCGCGGCUCCUCGGAGAUUGCCCGCCUCUUGUGCCACCAUUGGGCCACCCUGUUCGUUGAGAAUGAACUGCUCUUCUUUAAAGACGCAGCAUCCACCCAUCCGCGGCUAGCUAUUCCGAGUAGCCUCGUCAUACCUGUCCUCACAGACUAA